AUGGCUGCGUCAAAUAGCUUUUAUGCGUCUUCGCCUACCGUUGGCUUGCCAGCAAAUCCGCCAAGUGAAUACUUCAAUAGCGGUAACCUCGCAAACGCAUGUGACCCCAGUCAACCUCCCAAUGGCGUGUCAAAUGCAGGCGCCAACUCACUCGCCACUACUCCGGGUGCCCUGGCUGGUCACGACGAUGCAGACGGUCCUGGAGACAGCUCGGUCAAUACUCCCGUCAACGAUGUGAUGAUGGACACAUCCGAAGCAGGCGCAGAAUCCCAACCCGGUGCUUCGCUCGACGACAGUAUCAACGGCCAACAGUCUCAGCCCAAUCCCGCGAAGCGUCCAACCAUCUCACCUCGGAAGUCGCAACGCGUACAGGCCGACGCGCCAGAAACGGAUAACCUAGCUCAGCUUGUUCUGCCACCGGAGAUGCGAGAAGUCACGACCGAGCCUCUCAUCGACGAAGCAACACGCGUCCUCGGGAUCAGCUGGACCCGCAUGGACUCAAAUGAAGCUCUCCAGAUCAACCAAGCCGCCUACUCGAAGCUGAUCCAGAAGCACUACCCAGCGCUUAAGGAGGUCUCGAUCUGGUUCGAGAACAGCGCUAUUCCAUGCUACCUCGUGCGCGCUCUCAACGCAUCCAGCGACUUAUGGGAGUACUUCCUUUUCUCCCACGAUCUGAAGGAAGCGCGCCUCAUCACCACCCACGAAGACCAGCUUGUGCCAAGGCUCAAGAUGCUGCCAGCGAUCGAGCUCGCUGCGCCAGGAGGUACCAUGUACGCGGUACCGGAUCCAAGCACUUCGACCUUGAUUGACCCGCAGAGCUUGAAGACGAUGAUGGCCGAGGAUGAUAGCAUGAUUCACGGUGGAGCGCCGAAUGGUGGCUACGCUGCUCACGCGAUGGAGACGGAUUAG